AUGAAACAAGCUGCUGAACCCGAUGAAGAACCUCCUAGGAAAAGACCUGUCCUCAAACCGACCCCAUACUUCAUUCCAGGUCCGCAAGAGCCAUUACCAGGUCGCAGUCAUCAGGGUAAUUAUUGGCCUGUGUUUCCUUUCCACAAUCAAUUCUCCGGAGGUUUGGACUUGGAUCCCUCUAUUUCUAGACAUAUUGGAGGUGAUUUGAACAUUGCAGUUCCAUCGUGGGGGAUACUCGACAUUUAUGGAAGAUGGUUCAAUAGAAUUCACGAUACAACAACUAAAUUCGGAUAUAUGGCCCAACCGGUUAACAUGAUGGAUUUGGAAAGAGAAGAUUUCGUGAAGUUAAUGAGCGAUCCUUCGCUGCAUGCUAACAGAAACUUCCAACCAACGUUGCCUCUUGGUAAAGUUGCAAAGAGCUACACCCCAUUGAACUGCAAGCCGCCUUUGUGUAAUCCAUACCAGGGUUCAUACGGAUUUGGCGUGGAACAUGAUGUUGGAGGUCAUGAUGGAGUGGAAGGAGAUAUUGAUGUACCUAUUCCAAUCUCUAAAGGAGUUGCAUACCGCUUCCCCAUAUCAGGAAAAGUUUACUAUGAUCGCGAUAACAUUACAAUCACUUAUGGUUCUAACCUCAGCCCCAUGGAUCCAUAUAGUAGUCUGUUCGAUUACCAGAAAUACAGAGAUCCAGGCUUACGAAUUCCAAGAGCCAAACGAGAUAUAAGCUUCUCUAAGAAAGUUUGGGAAAGCGAAUCUGACGCGAAAACAUUCAGCGAGCACUUACGCAGAGGAUAUGAACCUGAAGCAGAACUGUUCAGAUCCAAGUUAACACAAAGACCCUCUACAUACCAUCUUAUGGAUGCUGGCGAUGAAAAGGCGAUCACGAUCUCUAAGAAAGAACUCCAAAAUAUAAUGAUGGACGAUAUUGAACAGGAAAAAGCUAAAUUAUUCCCAAAUUUUUAUCCAUAUCAAUUUGGAGAAUCAGCUUAUUCCUACGAUGGGCUUUAUGGAGACCCCUACGAACUUGAUCAACCAUAUGAUGUAAUUGUUUCAAGCCCUGUCGAUCUUGACGCAGCAUCGGGUUAUAUCGAUCUAUUCAAGAGGAAUUAUUUUGAUAAUUUCUAUAGGAGUGACCUUUUGAACCCAAUUCAUUAUCCAUCCACAGUUAAUAGCCCGAUUCCGUAUUAUGCAUAUCCCUUCCCCACGAGUUAUUUACCACCAACGCCUUGUUAG